AUGGCACUCCUGGGCAGGCAGAGCCCCUGGUCGCUGCAGGUCCCCAGGAGUGGGCCUUGCCUCCUUCUCCUCUUUUGUCUGCCUUUAGGAGCCGCUUGUCCGCAGGGCUGUCAGUGUCCAGAGCACGCAGGGGCAGUGGCUGUGCACUGCAGUGCCAGUGGCCUGCGGGAGGUCCCCAAGGACAUCCCUACUGACACCGUGCUCCUGAAGCUCGAUGCCAACCAGAUUGCUCGCAUUCCAGAUGGAGCUUUUCAACAUCUGAGCCAGCUGAAGGAACUGGACUUGUCUGGGAAUGCCAUUGAGACCAUUGGUCCAGCAACCUUUGCUGGCCUGGCUGGGGGAUUGCGGCUGCUGGACCUGUCCCAUAACCGCAUCCGCAGGAUCCCCAAAGAAGCCCUGGGCAAGCUCAGUGCUCAAGUCCGCCUGUCACAUAAUCCUCUGCACUGUGAGUGUGCCCUGCAGGAGGCCCUGUGGGGACUGCAUCUGGACCCCGACUCUGCGGAUGCUAUUGCUUGUCACACCUCUGUGCGGGAGGAGUUUGUGGGGAAGCCCCUGAUCCAGGCCCUUGAUGCUGGUGUCAGCUUCUGCAAUGCCCACCACAGGACCACUGAUGUAGCCAUGCUGGUCACCAUGUUUGGCUGGUUUGCCAUGGUGAUUGCCUAUGUUGUGUACUAUGUGCGCCAGAACCAGGAGGAUGCCCGGAGGCACUUAGAGUAUCUGAAGUCUCUGCCCAGUACCCCUAUCUCCAAGGAUCCCAUCAGCUCUGCACCCUAG